UUUCCCCGCAGAGGGAUGCAGCAGGAGGAGGAGGCUGAAGAACAACACGAGCUGAGCAUCAUUUUUCGGAGAUGCUGAACUGAUCGCGCAUGUUUGUGGACGUCAAAAGAGCCUGUGCGUGUCUCCGUUAUUAUUCCUCCUCCUCGGUACGGAGGGGGGAUGCUAAAGCCGUUAAUACCCCUAAAGCCUUUAGAGCUCUCUGUGCUACUUCUAGAGGGAUGCCUUCAUCCAGGACAGGAGAGGAAAGAAGAGUGUGGGCCGCGCUUUUUCUUCUAGCCAACAUCAGCAUCAGCAUCAGCACCACCAUGGCAGCAAUGGGUCAGUGCCCCCGCAGCCUGGACUGUGCCCGUGAAAGACGUCAUUUUUGCCAGCCUGGCUCGUCCCACUGCGGCCCAUGUCUGUCUCCGUUCAUAGAGAACAAGAGAGGGAGGUGUGUGGUCAGGAGACGGAACCACAUCAAAGAAGUGGAGGUGCGUCCCGAGCUAGACGAAGAGAUCGACUUCCUCUCUUCAAUCAUAACCAAAAACAGAGAGACUGAGAUGAAACACACAGCGCCCUCUCAGGUUGCCCCUCACCUCAAAGAUGACUCUGCAAGGCCAAGGAGUCACAACAGAGUGGAAUUCUCACCCAGUUAUGAUGCAGCUCUACAGCCUGUAACACACACACUCACCACAUCGUCCACUACCACCAGCUCCAGCCCCAACACCAUCAAUCCUCUGAUAUCAGCCAUGCAGAGCGCCCCGAUUAUUGUACCCUUCCCGUCUGAGGACCACUCUUAUAUCGUUACAGCAGGAGUUUGUCUUAUGGUGGCUUCGGUGGCACUGGUUUUGGUUGGAGUGUGCUGGGUGAGGAUGCAGAGAGGAACUCGUUUGGCACAGAAAGUGGACUACCCGGCCUUCGGGGUGAUGAACCCCCACUCUUACGACAGCGCAGCUUCUGGAGAUAAAAACUUGGCCCAGAGUGCUCAGAUGUACCAUUAUCAGCACCAGAAACAGCAGAUGUUGUCACUUAAACAAAGAGAUGAACCCAAGAUCCCUGAAUCAGCAGCUACCUCGGAUGAGGAGAAUGAGGAUGGAGACUUCACUGUGUACGAAUGCCCUGGACUCGCCCCAACUGGUGAGAUGGAGGUGAAGAACCCUUUGUUUGACGACUCCACCCUUCAUCUUCAUCUUGACCUGCAAAAAAGCUACAACUGAACCCGGACUGUAAAUGCGCAAUCACGUUCAAUACACAUCCACAGUCUUACACCGAGGUCGAAUCCCAUCUGUGAUCCAUCACGAAGACGGCAUAAAGUAGAGGAAGGCAGCUGGGAAAUUGAAAAAGGUGAAGAGGAUACGGACUGCAUGGAAUCGAAUUCACAAGGGUCAACAAGGGCAGCUCUGGUGUUCCUAGUCAUUUUCCGUUUUCCACAUUCGGCUCCCUCCGUUCAUCAGUUAUUGACUGUUACAUUGUGUGUAGAAACUGGAAAGUUAACAUAUCUGCCUAAACAAAUGAUUUGCCUUCAAACUUACAUGUGUGUACACUCUCCUGCAUGGAUUGAGCAUUUCCUCUAAUACUCACAACCCUUCCUUUGGAGGAACAAUACAUUGGCAACCAUGAGCAAAAAGAGUUUGUUUUUAUUUAUUUAUUUAUAUUUAUUUAUUUAUUUAUUUAUUCAAUCAUUAUGAUGUAUCUCAUGUUUAAAUCUUUUGCACAUGAGUUCCUGCUCUCCCUAGUCUUGCUGAAAUUGUCCACUUUCAGAAGUAGGCAGUGUACCAUGGCCUUUACAGUAUAUGCACGCAUCAGUAUAAAACAUGUCCGCGCAUGUCAGUUCCUGUUUUCCACACUGCUUUCUUUCACGGCAAAACGAAGCUUCUAGUAUCCGAUCUGACCCGGGAUUUUUAACUUUAGCAGGAAGGCUUUAUAUUUUGCAUGUUCAUGAUUUGUUAGUGCCCUCCAGGCGCUAGAUGGGGUUUAUUGGCACCAGCUCUGGGCUCAUAAGUUUCUUAUAUUCAGUUAUGCAACAGAAAAGAAAAGCAUAAGCACAGCACAAUGAAGAAGCUGAUAGUGUUGCUGCGGGGGGGGGUCACGGUGGCUUAGUGGUUAGCACGUUCGCCUCACACCUCCAGGGUCGGGGUUCGAUUCCCGCCUCCACCUUGUGUGUGUGGAGUUUGCAUGUUCUCCCCGUGCCUCGGGGGUUUCCUCCCCCGGUCCAAAGACAUGCAUGGUAGGUUAAUUGGCAUCUCUGGAAAAUUGUCCCUGGUGUGUGAUUGCGUGAGUGAAUGAGAGUGUGUGUGUUUGUGCCCUGCGAUGGGUUGGCACUCCGUCCAGGGUGUAUCCUGCCUUGAUGCCCAAUGACGCCUGAGAUAGGCACAGGCUCCCCGUGACCCGAUGUAGUUCGGAUAAUCGGUAGAAGAUGAAUGAAUGAAUGAAUAGUGUUGCUGCUUGAUGGUCCCCGGUUCAAUCCUGAGCUUUUGUUACUGUGUAGAGUUUCAAAUAUUCUUCUUGUACCUUUCUGACUGUUUCCACCUGCCUCCCGAAAACAUUCCAUUGGGUGGAUUGGAUACACUAAAUUAUCCUUACUGUAGGUGUGAAUGUAUGUCAUUUUCAGGAAAUAUUUCCAGUUUGCACCUAGUGUUCAUGGGAAAGGCUCCGGAUCCAUCACUACCCUAGCCAAGCUGAGUACAUUAAUUGGUUAAACUGGUUAAAAACUAUGGUGGCUCAAUGGUCAGGGCUCUGGACUGCUGUGGUUAGAUGGCAUAUUCUCUCUCCCCGUCACUCAGAGCAACACUAGGAAAUCAAUGGGUAUCUUUGAUGGGGGGAGCAGGUCAGGACCGGUGGUUCUUCAUGCAUAUGAUCCCAGAGCUCAGGUCCAAUAUCGGGUCACUACUCAGCCAUCGGAUCUUAACUUUUCAUUUGUACAAUAUUGUGAAUACUGUGCACUGGGAAAUGAGCUCGAGCAUAAAAUUACUUGAUGCUUAAACAUAUCAAACCUGUCAUUGGAUUUCAACAGCUAGAUUGUAAAAUACAACCUACUGUCCGCUCACACCACCUGUGAAUUUACUGUACGUACCGACAAGCCACACUAUAUGAUUUAUAGACGUCAUGAUGUUCCUUUCUACCAAAGUAGAGUCAGUGAUGGUAUUUUCUAAAACUAGUUGUGGUUUUAAUAUUUUCAUAAUUGUGCACAUAUGAAUAAGCCUAAAUGAUAUAAUGUAGCCUUUGUAUAGUCUGUAUUGGUCUUACUAUGCAUGAGCCGAAGCUAUGGAAUGAUAAAAGGGAGUCUGUAUGCAUUUUCAACACUGCUUCAUGACCCUAAACGUACUUACCCUGCUGAAACGUCCCGUUUUAUGUUUUGGUCUAAACAAACCUGAGAAAACUGACACAGCAACUGUGAAAACUGGCAAUUACGUAUUGAAUGUGAGCUGACCGCUGCUCGUCCUGACGAUCUGUGAUGUGCCCUGUUCAAUAUAACUGCAACUCUGUAUAAAAAAAAAGACUUGAGGCCUGCCUGCUCAGUUUGCUGUAUUUGUACAAACCCCUGUCAUCUCUGCAGUAGACCUCGCAUUGCCCCUGGCGAUUUGAUGGCAUGCUCGGUUGAAGUAUUUUAUUUUUUUAUUUAUUUAUUUUUGCUGCUGGUUCUCAGGAAAACUGCCAACAGUAGCAAGAUCUUCAUUAACCCUCAUCUCCUUUCAACUCGUAAAUAUUCCCCAGGACGGUCUUGGAGCGACUGUCUAUUAAAAUGGCUUCAUCCUGAAGUAUGUUGUCUUAUUUUUAUUCUUGCAGAUACAGAAA